GUUUCAAGGUUAAGGUUGAUGCUGGUGCGGAACCCUGCGUUGACAGCGUCGUCGUUAUUAGCCACCACAAGGAGGCUCUGCAACUAUAACUACCAUCUCUCUACAUCUACACUCAUGGCAUCUUCAGCUGUGGACUGCAAUUCACCUUCCACGCUGGUUUUAUGCGGAAAAUCGCUGUCAGAGAAUGAAACUGUUAAAGCUAUUAAGGCCAAUAACACCCUCAAACUCGCUGACAAUGCGGGAUUCUCAUUUGUUUUGCAUUCGGAAUUGGAUAGAAGUGUUAAACAAGAGUCUUUCCAAGUUGAUUCCUUCAUGAAUUCUCUUUCCACCAAUCAAUUUGGCAAGCUUCUCAUCUGGUCCCCGCGGUUAACUUCAACGCACGAUGUCGUUUCACAGAACUUUUGUGAGCUUCCCAUUGGUACAGUUUGUGUUGCUGAUGUUCAGACCAAGGGACGAGGUCGGUCGAAGAAUGUGUGGGAGUCUCCAUUAGGUUGCCUCAUGUUUUCUUUUACCCUGCAAAUGGAGGAUGGACGAGUGGUUCCCUUAGUUCAGUACGUGGUUUCACUCGCUAUCACAGAAGCAAUCAAGGAUAUCUGUAACAAAAAUGGAUUACCCUGCAUUGAUGUUAAAAUCAAGUGGCCAAAUGAUCUUUACCUAAAUGGCCUUAAAAUUGGAGGCAUUCUUUGCACCUCAACCUACAGAUCAACGAAGUUCAAUGUUAGUGCAGGAAUAGGCUUAAAUGUCAAUAAUGAGAAGCCAACAACAUCCUUAAAUACAGUUCUAAGAGAAUUGUAUGUGGGAGCUUAUCAAUUUCAAAGAGAAGAUGUCCUGGCAGCCUUUUUUAACAAAUUUGAGAAACUUUAUGGUCUAUUUGUGAAUCAAGGAUUUCAAACUCUAGAGGAUCUAUAUUGUAAGACAUGGUUGCACAGUGGACAGAGAGUUGUUGUACAGGAAAAGAACGAGGACAAAGUGGUCGAACAUGUGGUAACUAUUCAGGGUUUGACAUCCUCAGGAUAUUUGUUGGCUGUCGGUGAUGACAAUCAAAUGUGUGAGCUCCACCCAGAUGGUAAUAGCUUUGAUUUUUUCAAAGGACUGGUCAGAAGGAAACUUGACUGAAGAAGAUUCCUUGGCACAUUUUGCACGAGCCAACAAAUCUUACGCAUUUUGUAUAUAUUACCAAGGUUUUGGUUUUAUAGCUCAAAAUUUUCCAAUAAAUUAAAUUUGUUUCAUAUAUUCUGUCAUUAGAAUUUUAGAGCUUUAGUACUCCAUUUGAGAACCACCGUCAAACUUAUAAUGCACUUUCCUUGUAUGGUCAAUCAAGAUCUACUAAGUUAAGGCUAAAAAUAUUAUGC